UGUCAAAUGUAGUUCUCCCAAAAUAAUGCGUCCUAUAGCGAUUCAUCAAAAAUACAGUUCGGAAGAGCGUAUAAAUGAUGUCGAGCUGGAUCUUCUGUUAGAAGUCAACAUAAAUGAGAAUGCUUCCGUGUCAUCGAGAAGAUCCUCCAACCAAUGUCGCGUGUCGUCAAACAUGGAUCACGACGAUUUGUGGGAGGUAACGAUCUUGCCAUCGCUGUCGUCCCAAGCUACAUCUUCGAAUGACACCUUAGGAACUUCUGUGAGGGUUUUAAAUACUAUAACCGAGACUAAACGAGGCAUGCAUUCCUCGAUUGACGGGCGUAAAGGAGAGAACGAGGCUGCAACGCACAAGAGCGCGGUAAGACCAAAAAUUGCGAUAUCCUCUACAUAUGAAAAAUUGAAUCAUGAUCAUUCACGUCUUUCCUUUACCCGGGAUAAACGCUCGACCUCUGCGUCACGCGGAGACGAGAAAGAGUUUAAUCGAGUGGACGAGAAACUGAGUAACAAACGUUUUGGAGUAUGCAAGGACAACGAGUGGAGAGCACCCUUCAUCGAACUAGGAGCGGUCUACAAAGUUCUCGACUUCAUUACAGAUUCCGAUCCUAAGGUUUCCUCGCUGACUAAUAGCUGCUGCAAUGAGAUUUCGAGAACACUGCGUUAUCUGAUAGCGCUGAGCAGUGACAAAAAAUUAGACGAUCUUCUCUCGAACGAUCCUUCCUUGUACAGAUGCGAACGUUGCGGAGUAAUAAGUCACAUGCUCGGCCCUGUUAUCGAAGAAAUUAAAAGAAGCAGGACCAGAGCCGUGCAGGAUGCUGAUAUCGCGAUAGUUGAGCGCGAUUGCAUCAACCGUCAUCAUCGAGAUAAGAAAAAAUCGCAGAUUUCAACGAGCCACUCAAAUUCAAGUCAUAAUGCGCAAUCGAGAAUGUUCGUUGAUAAUUGCGAAGUAGAUCGCAGAGUUAAGCACGAAGGCAAAUUAAAUGAAAAAUCAUUGCCAGUUAAAGAACGCUCGUUCGUAAUGAGACGUCGUAUCGAGAGCCCAAAUGGCGCCAAUGAUAUUUCCGCCACGGAAACUGACGCUAACGCCAAGAUCAAAAAUACAUCUCUUAAUAACAGCGCCAUUAAGAGACUGUUUGCAGACUACGAAGCGGCAAGACGGAAUACUGGAUACGACUCUAAUUGUGCUACACGAAACGAUCGUUUCUGUCAUGUCAAACCCUCGACCACGUCGAAAAUCCGCGCCAAUAUCGACAAGGAGAUAGUCGUGAGGAAAAUUUCGUACGAAAAUAAAUCGCAAUUUACGAUGGAAGGCUUGCGUUCUAGAGGCACGCGAAAGAGUCAAGGUCAGCGGCGACUUUUCGAGAAGGAUGAUGAUGUUCUUUCAGUUGGUAAUACCGUGAAAUAUUUGGCAGGCGGUCAACUUACCGUUUUAGACAAGGGAGAGAACGAUCUUCUCUCGAAAUUGCAAGACAGAUGCCGUAUUUGUUUAGAGGAGCCGAGGAAGGGACAGAGUUCCGUUUUGUAUGGCAGUCGGGACGAUUAUUACCCGCGAUGCGAUCCAGGCUUCUGGUUAUUCGACAAAUCGGGACAUUUGCCGGAAGUGCCUUUGGAUGAAUACCAUUUUUUACCGAUGCCGAGGCUGGACGACAGUAGCGACGGCUUUCGUGCGCGCAAUAUGGGAAAGAGUCCGAGGAAGACGGGCAGUUGGACUGAAUGCGUGGAAAAGGAUUCUCUCGAAAAUUGCACUCUGUUAGAGCGAAGGCAGGACAGUGAUACUACGACUUUCAGUUCGUCUUCUGCUGAGAAUUUAAUGUACGAAUGGAUAGGAGCUUUGGACGAAAAAGACAAUACGAAUGACACAUACAGCGAUGUGCCGCGAGGUCGUCCAUUAGUUUCGUCACGACCUUCCCUUGACAUCGCUCGACAUGUCAAAGCCAAAAUUGCAGAGGCCAGACGUCCCAAUGACACGGGAGAGUCGAUGGGCGAAGCACAAUCACAUAAUUCGGACGUCCUUGCUCGAUUAUCUUCGGAAACACGAAACAAGAUGUGUCAUUCGAUCAGAAAGAUGAUACUAUCGGACGCUAAGAACUCUGUGUUUUGUCAUGAGAAGGAUUUAGCGACUUGCAUUGACGCGACAAACAGCGAAAAAUUGGCUCCUAAAUCCAGUAACGUCACAUUCGUUCAUUCUGAUAAAUCGUUCAGUUUCUUAAUCGAAAGGCGAGCUAAUGUCGUAGAAGUGUGCAGUCCAAGCAUGGACAAGUCGAAGGAUCACGUCCAGAUAUCGCACGAAUAUUCCACCGCUGUCGUUCCUGCUGAUGAGCUCAGGAAAACUCAAGAGAAAUUCGCGGGCGAUUCCUACGGAAGAGUCUCACGACGUAUUGUUUACAAGAACCUGUCAUCUGAAAACGUUGACAAUGACGACGGACAAAUCGUGACUGAAAUUUCACCGGUUUAUCGCGAGAUUCUGCAGAAUAGCGAGGAUAUGGACUGGGACGGUUUUCGGGAGUUGAUCGAACGCCUUCAUCCUGGUCAAAAGGAAUUGUGGCGUGACAUAUGUAAGACGGUGGACGAAGAGGCAGCAAGACUGUCCGGCGAUGCGAACGGUAGCAUGGAAGUUUGUAUAGAGAUCAGCCCGGUAAUCCUCGGAGAAUACCUGAAGACGGACAAACCGAUGGCGUGUGCUCGCGAAAUCGCGUUUGAGCUGGAUAUGACGAUGAAGGACGUCGAGAGUUUCCUCGACAAAAGGCCGCAUCUGGCUGAAGAGCGUCUUGACACACAUAAGGCUACUGACGAGAAUGUUACGGAUUGGAAUGACAGUGGGAGAAAACCGAUUUCCGAACAAACUCGCUAAUUCAUCGCAAGUCCUGAUCGUAUCUUGGUUUGUAUCUUUUGUGUUGGCUUUGCCUAAUUAUUUUUGUCUAUUACUCUUUAAAGUACGAAAAAAUUGAUUGAAUUAACCAAUGUCUGAUGAAAUAUGAACGAAUCAGAAGUUCCAAUUGAAGUUACUAGAAUUCUGCUCAAGUUAACAAAAUUUUUGAUUAACAAGAAAUCUUGUUAACUUGAACAGAAUUCUAAUAACUUCACAAAUAUUUUGUUAAUCCAACAUUUUUUUUUCUUCAAUUCUUUUUCCGUAUACAAUCAGUAUUCUUUACCGAAAUUCUAUGUUUAUAAGUGCACGGAGAUAACACUAAGGAUAUCACUAGGUCAAAUAUAAUUGUUGUUACAAACCGUAACAUUUAUGUUAUUUUUUAUUCAUGCAUACCAAAGGAUUGUAGCAAGCAUAGUACUCUGAAAAUGAUAUACUGACUUUCUUUGCUGCUUGUCCAUAUGCAUUUGAAUGGAUUUCUCAGUAUUAUAUAGCACAAUCAAAUUCUACGGAUCUUCCAACUACGGUAUUUGUUCUGCAAAUUACAACAGAGUAACAGUAAUAUUCUUUCGGUUGAAGCAACUAUAUAUGGAGUUAAAGCUCUUAUUCUUUUUUAAAAUUGCCUCUAAAUAUGAUUGAAAGCCAAGCAAUAUCUAUUUAACUUAAAUUCAGAUGCAUCUUUUUUCUAACCGUAGAAAAUGUGUAGUUGUAGCAACCAUAAUAGUUUCCUCCAUGUGGUGUUUCAAUUAUAAAUAUAGUACUGCAAUUGAUAAAAUCUCUGAAAGAUUAACAGCAACAUUGUUUUAAUUAUCGAUGCACUUUGUAAACGCAGACAGUGUCAUUGAACACAGUGUCAUUUCAAGGCGCAUAAAAGCCGUUAAUUCCAUCGUCACAAAAGCCGAAAGUUUGGUAUUUGGUACGGCGUGUGACGAAUUUUACAGAUCUUGCAGUGAAAUCUUACUUUCACUGCUUAAAAUUAAACAAAUAUAAGUCAAAGCAAUCAAGUGCGAGUGUCUCCACUGAGAAACCAGUGAAUAUUCACAAAUUAUCGGGCGAAAUGCUUCUUUUACUGACCCGGUCAGGAACGUCUUCGCUGACCCGCCUCAAGAGAGUGUUCUAUUCUCUUUACGGUGCACUAUCAGCACCGAUAUUCUGCAUGGUCGUCGUGUCUUUACGCCGUGAAAGCUGCGUUGCCUCGCUCCCGUUAACAGGAAGUGCCCCGUCAGUCGUAUCGAUCAUCCAUAAUUCGUAAUUCCGACGGUACACACCCUGCUCUAAAGAGGGAGACGCAAAUUGCGCUUUCUUCCUGAGUCAUUGCUCCGCGGAAGAUGGCCUCGCCCAUCGUCGCGUCAGGCUCGUACAAACGAGCCAGUCGGCUAGGUGGGUAAAU